UGGGUAUGGGGGUGGGGAUGCGGGUGGGGGUGGUAUGGAUGCGGACGGCGACAAGACCGCGGCGCCUGCCAUGGACCUGCGCGCGCUGCUGAGGGGGAUUGAUCCGCGCGCUGGGGAGCAGCAACAACAACAGCAGCAGCAGCCGGCGGCGGCCUGGCUGGGUCAGGGUCAAGGUUUGGGUCAGGGUCGAGAUGAGGGGCAGGGUUAUGAGGGGGUUGCACGGCCGCCUUAUUGAGUGGCGUUGACUCAGUCACAGUUAGCGCGGGCGGGGAGAGGGGUUGGGGUUUUCUCUAGCUUGCUUGCUUGCUUGCUUGCCUACUACCCUGUGUAUUGUUGAUCGGGUGGUAAGGCGCGGGUUGUUUUUCUUUGGUU